GAAAGCAGCACCAGGAUCCAGUAAAGCGACUGUACGCAGAUUAGCGACAGACUGUUGCUUUUCUCUGCGUUUUUUUGGUAGUACGUUUUAAGUGCAACACUCAGGUUGUUUGCGGUUGACACGUUACGUCCGAUUCCGACGUCUUUGCCGAAACUGUCAGUGGAGACAGUUGACAUGUCAACGGCUAAAACUUUAACUCUGGGACUGUAACGCUGCAGCGGAGGAGACGGAGCGAAGUGCAAACAGCCCACUGAAGUUUACCAGUUUCCUCGAUAACAAAGGAAAGGGGGGGCUCACUUUCUCAUUAUUUUGUGCUUUUAUUCGACGCCAUCGUUCCGUUGAAAAGCCCGAACAGGAUUUGAAAUGCAAGACUUCCUCGUCAGCCGUGUUUGUACCGUGAAAGGACAUGGAGCGUGGAGAAGGACCAUCUGAGUAAAGGACUUCAGCACGGAACCUUCGCUUUAUCAAACCAGCAUCAGAUUGGGUCAAGCAAACUAAAUGUAAAGGAUUGUCUGAAUCUAGCCACCAUGGAUAUCUUUCCCCGGCCCAGCGGUGAAAUCCAGAGGAGAAACCCCCAGCAUGAUUUUGAACUCAUUCAGAGGGUGGGAAGUGGCACAUAUGGAGACGUGUACAAGGCACGAAACAUUCAAACUGGAGAGCUUGCUGCUGUGAAAAUCAUAAAGUUGGAACCAGGGGAUGACUUUUCCAUCAUACAGCAGGAAAUCUUCAUGGUGAAGGAAUGCAUGCACCACAAUAUUGUGGCCUACUUUGGGAGCUACCUCUGUCGGGAGAAGCUUUGGAUAUGUAUGGAGUACUGUGGUGGAGGAUCUCUGCAGGACAUAUAUCAUGUAACGGGACCUCUGUCAGAGCUCCAGAUAGCAUAUGUCAGCCGAGAGACCUUGCAGGGUUUGGGAUAUCUGCACACCAAGGGCAAGAUGCAUCGUGACAUCAAGGGUGCCAACAUACUUCUUACAGACAAUGGAGAUGUGAAGUUAGCUGACUUUGGAGUUGCAGCCAAAAUAACAGCCACCAUUGCCAAGAGAAAGUCCUUCAUUGGAACACCUUAUUGGAUGGCUCCAGAAGUAGCAGCAGUGGAGAAGAACGGCGGCUACAACCAGCUCUGUGAUAUCUGGGCUGUUGGCAUCACGUCCAUAGAGCUGGCCGAGCUUCAGCCUCCAAUGUUCGACUUGCACCCAAUGAGGGCCUUAUUUUUGAUGUCGAAGAGUAGCUUCCAGCCUCCAAAACUAAAAGACAAAAACAAAUGGUCCACUGCCUUCCAUAAUUUUGUCAAAGUGUCUUUGACAAAGAACCCAAAGAAGAGGCCCACUGCAGAAAAACUUCUGUCGCAUGUGUUUGUGGGCCAGACGGGUUUGACAAGGAGGCUCGCUGUUGACCUCCUAGAUAAGAUGAACAACCCAGACAACCACCAGCAUUACAGUGAAGUGGACGAUGAAGAUCUGGAGCCCCUCUCUGCAGUCAGACACACCAUCCGCUCCUCCAAUAAACAAGCCAGAGCUGAGAGGACACGCUCAGAGAUUGACUCAAACAAUGGGACACACCAAGGAGGGCCAUGCUCAAGUCCUAGCUUCACUGAAGUUGACAAACUCCAGUUUGAACCACCACUCCGGAAAGAAACUGAGGCUCAUUCUGAAAUGGAUGUGAGUAAAGAUAAUGACUUCCCUUCGCCCUGGAGUCCCUUUGCAGAGGGAGGAAUAACAACCAGGGGACACGUCACCCAUCUCGAAGACGCCUUUGAAGAAGUGGAGCUGUCAACUCUGAAGCCAGGGCUUCCUCCUCCUCCUUUGCCACCAAAACCGAGAUUAAACAAUUCAUCAGAGGAACUCGGCCUUAACGACGAGAGGUCUCUGACUGUGCGGAGGUUUCCAAACUCUGAGAAUGGGCCGAGUCAGGCGGCUCGCAGACAGAGCACACCUGAGCAGGGGAACAAGGGGGAGCACUCAUCUUCUGACUACCUCUCUGUGAGCGUCAGCAGCCCUGGCAUUUUGUCUCAUGCAUCUGAUCCUGAUAAUGAUUCAGAUGGCAGUGUGAACGGAGACAGUCCAAAGCCAGCACUCAACAGGCACCGGAAAGAGAAAAAGGAAUUCCCUAAACCAGCUAUCAACGGCCUGCCACCCACUCCUAAAGUGCUGAUGGGAGCCUGUUUCUCCAAAGUGUUUGAUGGUUGUCCACUGAAGAUCAACUGUGCCACAUCAUGGAUUCAUCCAGACACCAAAGACCAGUAUCUCAUCUUUGGGACAGAGGAUGGCAUCUAUACCCUGAAUCUUAAUGAGCUUCAUGAAGCCACAAUGGAACAGCUCUUCCCAAGGAAGUGCACGUGGCUGUAUGUUAUCAACAACAACCUGAUGUCUUUAUCUGGAAAAAACUUCCAGCUGUAUUCACACAACCUCAUUGGACUGUUCGAGCAGCUGAAGAAGCCUGGACUGGCUGCUCAGUUCCAGACUCAUCGCUUCCCAGACAAAAUUUUACCCAGGAGAUUUGCCCUGACAACUAAGAUCCCAGACACAAAGGGCUGUCACAAGUGUUGCAUUGUGAGAAACCCAUACACGGGCCACAAAUACCUGUGUGGAGCGCUGCAGUCUGGGAUUGUCUUGUUGCAGUGGUAUGAGCCCAUGCAGAGGUUUAUGCUCAUUAAGCAUUUCGACUUCCCUCUUCCCAGCCCACUAAAGGUGUUUGAGAUGCUUGUGGUCCCAGAGCAGGAGUAUCCUCUGUUGUGUGUGGCCAUCAGCCAGGGAACAGAGCAGGGACAGGUUGUCCGCUUUGAGACCAUCAACCUCAACUCCUGCUCCUCCUGGUUCACAGAGAUCGGAACAACUAAUAAGCAAGUGGAUGCAAUCCAUGUUACCCAGCUGGAGAGAGACACCGUGUUGGUGUGUUUGGACCAAAAUUUGAAGAUUGUUAAUCUCCAAGGCAGACUGAAGUCUAACAAGAAGCUGGCGUCUGAGCUCAGCUUUGACUUCUGCAUUGAAUCUGUUGUGUGCCUUCAGGACAGUGUCCUGGCCUUCUGGAAACAUGGCAUGCAGGGAAAGAGCUUCAAGUCCAAUGAGGUGACCCAGGAGAUCUGUGAUCCAAGCAGAGUCUUCCGUCUCCUCGGAUCUGACAGGGUGGUGGUCCUGGAGAGUCGACCCACAGACAACCCCACGGCUCUGAGCAACCUCUACAUUUUAGCAGGUCAUGAGAACAGUUACUGAUCCUCUCUGUCAGAGACUGGACAGGUCUUAGAAAAGCAUGAGAUGCCUCAGAUUUGGGAGAGAAUAUUUAAAAAAAAACAAAAAAAGAAGAAAAAAAUGAGAAAAACAUCGGGAGUUUUGUUACUGAUCAUGGGAUGGAGAGCCCAGUGAAAAACGGGGGCCUCUGAAGACUGGAUUCAUGAGUAGCCUUACACCAGCAACACACUCACCGUAGCUCCGUUCAUCACAAGGGACAAGAGAAGCGAUUUAAAAACUCAAAUGAACAUUGUAAUACUGUUAUUUUGCUCACCUUUCUUUUUAGUGUUACAAUCUCGAGUUACAAACAUGUUAUCCAGAGGUUUAAUGGGGAAAAAAUAAGUGCCAUGAAAAAAAAGAAAAGAAAAAUUCACAGGAAUUGGUGAUUGUAAUAAAAACAAUGGGAGGUUUAUUUUGUGUUAUUGUCUGAAACACGUAAUCAUUGCCGGUGACAAACGUUAUUAGGCUUUUUACAAUUUCGUAGUUGAACUAAUCGAUCAGUUUAUACAGAAACCCAAGAGCCAUGUGGGUUAUUUAAGCGAUAUUUAUUAACUAACCUCAUGUUAAGUAAUAGGGUAUGUUGCAUUUACAGACAGUGACAGGAUUAACUACCUAGUAAACGGUUUACCCGAGCAGCUUCCAGUUAUUUUUACCGCUAUGUAACAUAGCCACAUCUCUCCUGCUCCGCUGCUUUCAUUGUAACAAAUUGGAUAUACUGUACAUUUCUUUACCCUCUUUUCUUUUAUAGACCUUUUAAUUCUCAUUAUUUGCACCAUGUAAGCACUUUUGUACAUUUUUUUUAAUUUAAAAUAAAAAUGACAAAAUGAGGGACGAUGCUAGGUAUUUUGUUAACAUCUUUGCAUUCCCUUCGCAAAAUGUUUAAUGUAUGCUGUUUUGUAAUAAAAAAAGAAACGCUGUUAACAAGA